ACUUUGAUUCCGCCAUCUUGGUUGUAGAACACACCAUUCCAUCCUUGUUUCACACCUUACCGCAAUAUCAGAUAAUCGGUGUUCAUUGGCGAUUGUUAAAGGCUACAGUUCAUCGAAAUGGCUGGAGAUUUAUCAAGAGAAGAGCAUGUUGCGUACGGCAAGUUAGCGGAACAGGCCGAAAGGUUUGAAGACAUGGCAUGUAAUAUGACCCAAGUGGUCAAGACAUGUUUCAAUACCGGGGAAGAAUUGACAACUGAAGAAAGGAAUUUACUAUCAGUCGCUUAUAAAAACGUCGUUGGUGCCAAGCGAUCGUCAUGGAGGGUGACCAGUGCGCAAGAAUCGAAGAAAGGUACAGACAACGAAAUAGCCAAAUGCUUGCGACUACAGAUCGAAAAGGAAUUGACGAGUAUCUGCAAUGAUGUUUUGGACUUGCUCGACCAGUACCUACUACCCACAUGUACAAAAUCAGAAAGCAAGGUAUUUUACAAGAAAAUGAAAGGCGAUUAUCUUCGUUAUAUGGCAGAAUUCGCCACCGAAAAUAAAAAAGAAGUUGCGGCUAAAGCCGAAGCUGCUUAUGGAGAAGCUUUCGAUUUGGCCAAAGCUGAAAUGCAUCCUACUAAUCAAAGCAGAUUGGGGCUUGCUUUGAAUUAUUCGGUCUUUUACUAUGAGAUCAUUAAUCAGCCAGACAAAGCUUGCCAUUUAGCUAAAGAAGCAUUUGAUGAGGCCAUAGCAGAACUGGAUUCUCUGGAUCACGAGUCCUACAAAGACAGCACACUCAUAAUGCAACUUCUGCGGGACAACUUGACCCUGUGGACAACUGAUAAUGAACAGGAACAAGAUCCGGAAAUUGAACAAGACAAUUAGACAAAGUGCAGAAUUGACUGAUGAUAGAUCAAAGGACAUUUUGAAAGUGGUAACCUUGUCUGUCCAUUCAUUAACAAGCUCAUUUUAUGUGGUCUCUAAUCUUUGCCUGUAGAUUAAAAUCUGAAUGUUCCAUAUUUGGCUAAGAAGGGAAAUGGCGUUGGAUGAAGUUAAUUGAACUUGACCACCUGUGAUGAAGGUUUUGUUACAAUUAUCAAUUGACAGUUUUGGUGGCAACAAAUGAUUGGUUUUCAUGAAUCAGUUAUAGACUUUAUCGCGUCAUGAUUAUGUGGACUGCACCUGUUUGUUUCCUCCCAGCUGUACAAGUGUCUAGAUUAUUGACAAAGCAAUGAAUGGUAUUCUUAUUUUUGUCAUUGAUCAGUUUGUACUGUAUUUCAAUCUGGAUCGGAAAGUGAAAUUUGAAAUUCAGAAAUUUGAUGCCAAACCUGAUAAUUGUUAAGAAAUUGCAUUUGCAUCGUUUGCAUGCUGCCAUGGCCUCACAAGAUAUCUAGAAACAGUUUUCACUCAAUUAGCCACAUUUUCAGUUAAUAUCACUGAUAUUAUCCUGUCUUAAAACUUGUGAGGAAAGUUUUUCAUCAAUGUGUUUACUACAUUGAUAUACAUAUUUGUUAAUCAUCAUAUACAUUAAUAUUAGUAUACAUAUUGAAUAUUGGAUUUCAUAUAUUUUUUUUAAAGCCACAUGUUCUGCUGUUAAUUUUAUAGACUGCUUAAGUCAUCCUAUCAUUUAUAGGUUAUAGUAAAAUUAGUUUAUUUAAUUUUUUAUGUCUUAAUGUUAUUGCUGAAGUGAGUACCUGGUCUGUAUGGUAUAUGUAGAUAUAUAUAUAGGAUUAGACAGUGAGCAUUUAAUCCAUGAGGAGUACAUCAUUUUAUUAUUUAAUUUGUAGGUAACAUUUUGCAGGUAGCGCACAUUUCUGGACUAUUUGUUUGGUGCUCACUGAAAAAUUAUGAAACUAUAUUUCACUAUCGUGAUUAACAAAUGAACUAAAGAGAUCAAGGCAACUACCUGGCCAAUGCUAAGACAUAAUAUUUGUAUCAUUCGAAAUAUUGAACUUUCAGUGUAAUGUGACAUGUAGUUCUGGUUUGGAUUUUUAUGUUGAAUAUUGUAAUCUUGCACAUUGAUGUGAAAUUUGCACAAUAUUUAAGGAGCACAGAUGUUUAAAUAUCAGUAUCAAAUGGGUUAAGAGAAAAUUGUAAAACUAGUUUUCUGUCAUUAAAUCUCUUUUUCUACCUAUA